ACGAGGCGCAUGCGCAGCGCAUCUUUUAGUCAACUGAAAUUCCCCAACGCGACAACUCGAAACAAACAUAUCAAGCAAACAUGUCGAAUCGAAAUUUAUUAAUCGCAGUUGCCGCCGUCGCCGCACUGAUUUGCCUCUGCACGGCCGAUGUGUCCCACAUAAAUCAUAAGCCGCCUCAGGACGUAUUGGUGCCAUUCAAUGAUUUAUUGCCGCCGCCACUGGAGGAGCCCUCCACUACGGAAGCAACAACAGCAGCCACGACAACAACGCCAGCAACAAAGCCCACGAAAAAAUCAUACUAUCAGCAGCUGGCCAAGAGCAAGGAUGCCCACCAUAUCGAGGAGAAAGCUAGCGCGAAGAGUCAGCCAGCGAUACAGUUAGCUUUGGAUUUACUGCCACCCUUCGCCGAAGCACCAGAGCAGCCACAAAUUGAAGAUGUUCACACCACAACACAUCAGCCACUUGUUAGCAGCCGGCCAACACCAACCGCAACCACUAAGAAGAGUGUACCGCUUGUUGCAAAGCCGCAGCCUAUCCCACAGCGUCAGUUUGUGCCACAGCCGCAGCCGCAGCAACAGCCACAUCCACAGCAGUUGCAUGCACGUGUGUCACGACCCAAUAGCAUUGCCCACUCAGCUGCUGCUUCCUCGAUAGUCCCAGUGAAGUCGAGUAUCUCGUCCGAUCUCAUCACGCAAUAUCUCACAAACUUUCAGUUCACAACGCGGCGACCUUCUCGCGGUGCUUUGCCAACGCUGACGCCGUUUCCCAAUCAUAUUAAAAAAUAGGAAAUUUAUCUAAAUUAUUUUUUAUAAAAGCCAGCAAUAAAAUAAAUUAAAUUAAAACAUCACAACACAAUGUUGAGAGAAAUCUCUGCAAUUUAAAUUCAAAUGGCAGAUUCAAUUUAUUCUUGCAAAAUCAGAAGCUAAAUUAGACGGCUUCAUGUAUAACAAAUGAGUUAACAUGCAGAUAAUUAGUUGAAAAAUAUUGCUGGGUGAUUUAUUUUUGUCCCAAGGUUUGUGUUUGAACAUGAAAAUGAAGACAUCAUGACCCACCAAGAUUGUUUAGCCCCAACUAAAUACUAAAUCUGUGGAUCUUUGUAGACUACGACAGCAACUUGAAACACAAGCUGAAGUUGUUAAAAGUAAAAUAUGACAAAAAGGGAGAAAUAUAA